AUGAUUGAGCUCCCUGAUUGGUCCCCCCAUAAUCUUGUUCCUGGCUCCAACUUCUUCCGAACCAAGCAAAAUCCUGCUUUAUUAUCCCUGGAUUGGACGAGGAAAGCUUUGUCUUACGCCGAUAUUGCUGCCAAGGGCCCCAAGCAGAGCCCCGAGGAUGCUGCUGCCCCUCAACCUCCUCAAAUCAUAACUGACGAGUCUGCUUCCACCGCCUCUCUGGUCGACGUUGAUAUGCCUAGCGUGCACACCGUCCCCGCCGACUUCCUCGAGCAGGAGAUCCAGACCGAGACUCAAGCAGCCCGCGUCGAGCGAGAGGAGGAGGCCAAGCAAGAGAAGCGAAAGCGUGACUCAGCCGCCUCAAAGGUCAAGGAGACAGACAACUGGCUGAUCCAGCAGUUCUCCAAGCUGACCGAUGGCGAGGCCACCGGUCUGACUGUCGCUAACCUGGCCACCGUCGUCAGCCUCGGUGCCUUCCUCGGCUACAAGGGCUGGGGCCUGUACGAGAGGGGCAGACUCGACUGGAAGGCCGUCUCUUACGGUGUCGGCAUCCUCGCCAGUGCCGCCGCUGCUCAGGGUGCUGUUGGACGAUACCUGUACAAGGGCAAGAAGGGUGGUUCUUCUUAG